AUGUAUUAUAAUAAAGUUACAAAUGUAGAUGAAGAUAUUGAUGAUAGUGAUGGUACUGUUGAUGAUGAUAGUGAUGAUACUGUUGAUGAUAGUGAUGACAAUGUUGAUAAUGUUGAUAAUAGUGAUAUUGACAGUGAUGAUGAAAAUGAAUUAUCUGUAAACAUUUAA